AUGCAAGAGAACAUUUUAAAGAUCGAUGGAGUCUUCAAAGUUCACAUUAAUAGCCUAUGGAUCGAUAAUAUCCUUCCCAAACUUUUGCUUUUGAGUUUGGAUGAAAUGAGCAGUUGUUCCUGCGACAAGUGUAGAAAAAGUAUGAAGAGAAGAAUAUUCUCCACACCAGUUAAGAGAACAAGUACAAGAAGAGUUAGGCGAAUAAAAAAGAGUUUAUUCUCAUCGCCCGCCCGCACGGAAAACUCAGACCCGCCGCGGUUCAGCUUCCUCCGGCAGGCACUCGAGGCGGAGGCGGUGGGCGUGGUGGUCGUGGGCGGAGGCGUGUCGGGGCUGACGGCGGCCAAGACGCUCAUAGACAACGGCGUCAGCGACAUCUUGAUCCUCGAGGCUCAGGACCACCUUGGAGGGCGAGUGCGAACCUACAGGCAAGAGGGCGUGGUGGUGGAGGAGGGGGCGGAGUGGAUCCACGGAGGCUGGAGGAACCCCGUCUACCGCGUCGCCGUCGCCAUCGACGGAGUGGACACGCCCCUGCCCGACGACGCCUUCGACUGGCGGGUCGUGACCCAGGACGGCGCCGCGGCUGACAAGUCUCGUUAUGAUGUGGUGGAAACCCUGAGGGACACCUGCGAGAGGUCUGACGACGUUCUCCUGGCUUACUACGGUCUUGCUUACGGCCAGUGCUUCCUCGACAAGUUCUCGGGUGAAUAUGGCACUGGUUACGACUCGCCCGAAGGAGAGGGAUGGCUGCACUACCUCGAGCAGAUCGUGAAUGGGGAGGAAGGUACGGAGAGUUGGCUGGACAUCGCGGCCAGAGAAGCGGACAAAUACCCUGACCUCGGCUACGACCACCAGUGGAAGAGUGGGUAUGAUACCCUAUUCCAGUUCUACGAGGCAGUCAUUCCAGCAAGCAAGAUUAGGCUCAACAGUCCCGUGUGCCGAAUCCUGUGGGACGAAGGAGACGAUAAGGUCCUGUUGGUGACGCAGAGUGGCGACUCCUACUUGGCUUCGCACGUCAUCUUCACCGCCUCCUUCGGGCACCUCAAGGAGCGACACACCAACAUCUUCGAGCCGCCGUUGCCCGAGUCCUUCAGCGUGCACUUCGGGGUAAGAACUCCUGCUUGUCAGACACUGCUUGCCUUCACGUUCUGA